AUGGUUUGGGAACAAGAAGAAGAUGAAGUGCAGAAGGAAGUUGAGGUCCAGAAGCCUGUUCAAAAGGAACAAGAAGAAGCUGAUGUUGAAGUCGAGAAGCCUGUGCAAAAGCCAAAACAUGGAUCUGAAACUAUACAAGUGGAUCAGAAAUGCAAACUGCUGGACAUUGGUGGAAAGAAACAUGUAGUUGCCGAAGGACGGGUGCAUUCAACAGACCCAAAUCAAAAUGUCCAUUUUGUACGAUUGAGUCCGAAUGCAGCUAGAGUGUGGGUUGAUGCAGUGAUGGUAGAUGAUGCCAUCUUUUGGAGGAAGUCUGAAGAAAUCGAGACAUUGAAAGAUGCACGUGGUUCAUCAAUUGCAUGGCCACUUGAUAAUUUGGUCAUAUUACCUUUUUCUUCAAAGAUGAAUAACUAUGCUUGGGUCUUUCUGUUAAAUGGAUCAAAAUUUUGA